AACUACACGUCCCGACGUCACGGUACGGGCCCCUGUAAUUGUUGUGAAUAUGUAAUUGCGCUCGUACGACUGGUUGCUUCUAAAUUUGGCGUCGCAGGGGCAGGCUCCCACAGUCGGUGAGGUGGUCGCUCGGCCGGUGCUGCGUGAGGAUGCGAACGUUAACGGAGGCUGUAGGAAAUAAACCGAUACACGCGUGACACGGGACGCAGAGGAGAGGAGAAGCUCAGCCGCGGACGCGCAGGGUCACGAUGUGCCCGAAGUUGAUGCUUUGUAGGGAAAAUCGGAGAAAAUAGAGGAUUCGUUGUUAGUUUCGAGGAAGAACGUUGCGCUUUGUGCGCACAGACAGUAAGGUUCUGGAGCAACUUCUGCUUUGAUUAUCACACUGAAUGGACUUUUGAAAUACCGACUUAUUAUCUCUGAACAGACAAAGCUCCGAGGAUGUUUCCACUCUUCACGGAACCUGCGCGUAGCCCGCAACCCGUCUACUGACUGACCUUUUACGCACGGGGAAAAAUCGGUUCUCGCACAUUUUGUUUUCUGUAUACGUGGAUGAACUUUACAAUACAUUUUAAUGAUUCGAGAUCUGAGCAAGAUGUACCCCCCGGCACGGCAUCCGGUCCCCCACCAGCCGGGACAGCCGUUCAAGUUCACAGUCACCGAGUCCUGCGACCGGAUCAAGGAGGAGUUCCAGUUCCUUCAAGCCCAGUAUCAUAGUCUGAAAAUGGAGUGCGAGAAACUGGCCAGCGAGAAAACCGAGAUGCAGCGACACUAUGUCAUGUACUACGAAAUGUCGUACGGACUGAACAUCGAGAUGCACAAACAGGCGGAGAUCGUCAAGCGGCUGAACGCAAUCUGCGCCCAAGUCAUCCCCUUCCUCUCUCAAGAGCAUCAGCAGCAGGUGGUGCAGGCGGUGGAGAGGGCCAAGCAGGUCACCAUGGCUGAACUCAACGCCAUCAUAGGACAGCAGCAGCUCCAGGCUCAGCACCUCUCCCACGGCCACGCCAUCCCCGUCCCUCUCACGCCCCACCCGGCGGGCCUCCAGCCCCCCCUGCCCCCCGGCGCCAGUACUGCCAGCCUGCUGGCUCUGUCCUCUGCCCUGAGCCACCAGCUGCCACUCAAAGACGAGAGGAAGCACCACGAUAACAACAGCGAACACGCGAGAGACAGAGACUCAGUCAAGAGCUCGUCUGUGUCUCCGUCGGCCAGUUUUCGGACCGGAGAGAAGCACCGGAGUUCAAGCGAUUAUUCCUCCGACAGCAAGAAGCAGAAGACAGAUGAUAAGGAGUUGACCUCUGCGCGCUACGAAAGUGAUGGAGAGAAGAGUGAUGACAACUUGGUGGUGGAUGUCUCUAAUGAGGAUCCGGCGUCCCCGCGAGGAAGCCCCGCCCACUCUCCUCGGGAGAACGGAGUGGACAAAAGUCGCCUGUUGAAGAAAGACGCGCCGUUGAGCCCCUCGUCCAUCGCCUCUUCCAGCAGCACACCUUCAUCCAAGUCCAAAGAAAUUAACUUGAACGAGAAGUCCACGACUCCCGUGUCCAAGUCCAGCACACCCACAUCCCGCUCUGAAGCCCCCACGCCCAGCAGUGCCUCCACCCCGGGCCUGAGGCCUGCACCCAGUAAACCGCUAGGAGUUGAGACCCUAGCUCCUGGUCUUCGUACGCCGCUCGCGGUGCCCUGCUCGUACCCCGGGCCCUUUGGAAUGGUUCCUCACCCGGGUAUGAACGGAGAGCUGAGCGGAGCCGGAGCAGCCUACACCGGCCUGCACAACAUCUCACCGCAGAUGAGCGCAGUGGCGGCCGCUGCUGUGGCGGCUUACGGACGCACACAAGUGGUGGGAUUUGAUCCUCACCACCACAUCCGUGUCCCUGGCCUUCCUCCCAACCUGUCGGGCAUUCCUGGUGGAAAACCAGCCUACUCCUUUCAUGUGAGCGCUGACGGACAAAUGCAGCCCGUGCCUUUUCCUCCAGAUGCACUGAUUGGCCCCGGCAUCCCACGCCACGCUCGGCAGAUCAACACUCUCAGCCACGGGGAGGUGGUGUGCGCGGUUACCAUCAGUAACCCGACACGCCAUGUGUACACCGGCGGCAAAGGCUGCGUCAAGGUGUGGGACAUCAGUCACCCGGGCAACAAGACUCCCGUAUCCCAGCUGGACUGCCUUAACAGAGAUAACUACAUCCGUUCCUGUCGGCUACUUCCGGAUGGACGGACUCUCAUCGUUGGGGGCGAGGCGAGCACUUUGUCAAUCUGGGAUUUGGCCACGCCGACUCCUCGGAUCAAAGCGGAGCUAACUUCGUCGGCGCCUGCUUGUUACGCUCUGGCCAUCAGCCCAGACUCCAAAGUCUGCUUUUCCUGCUGCUCCGAUGGAAACAUAGCCGUCUGGGACCUUCACAACCAGACUCUGGUCAGGCAGUUCCAGGGCCACACUGACGGAGCCAGCUGUAUAGACAUCUCUAAUGAUGGGACCAAGCUGUGGACUGGAGGUCUGGACAACACUGUCCGCUCGUGGGACCUGAGAGAGGGACGGCAGCUGCAGCAGCACGACUUCACCUCCCAGAUCUUCUCGCUGGGAUACUGUCCGACGGGCGAGUGGCUGGCGGUGGGGAUGGAAAACAGUAACGUGGAGGUCCUGCACGUCACCAAACCCGACAAGUACCAGCUCCACCUGCAUGAAAGCUGUGUGCUGUCACUCAGAUUCGCUCACUGUGGGAAGUGGUUCGUGAGCACAGGAAAAGACAAUCUACUCAACGCAUGGAGAACUCCAUAUGGAGCCAGCAUAUUCCAGUCCAAGGAGUCAUCCUCGGUGCUGAGCUGCGACAUCUCCAUAGACGAUAAGUACAUUGUGACGGGCUCAGGAGAUAAGAAAGCGACCGUCUACGAGGUCAUCUACUAGGAGCGGCGGCCUAGAUCGUCCCGACUUCUCCAUCACCUAUGUACAAUUUUUAAUGUGUAUAAAAAUCGAUUUGAACGGAACAAACCAAAACCCUUUCUUGGACCGUGACCCUUUGACGUCCUGGUUGGACAAACAAAUGAACAAGCGGAACCAAGCACAGAGAUUACCUUUUGUUUUUUUAUGGCUUUUUUUUGUUAUUGUGUGGAUGCGUGAUUGUCUUUGUAGUGAAUCUGGGGUGGAUGCUGUAACAUUCAGUUGUGUUGCAUUUGACGUAAGCCUCUAAUAUAUUUGUUUUAUCUCAACAUCUGGACAAGAAGUCGCGGCCCAAAUAUCCUGUUCACAUACUGUACUUUGUCUAAAUGCCCAAGUUAGAUGGUGGAUCGGGGGCGAAUGAUACAUUGGCAAAUACAAAAUAACUAAAAAUGAGGUGUUAGUGAAAUAUACAGUGUUAAUGUGAAGAUACAGUUUCAGGUUUCUGACAUUUUUUGUUGUCGUCUGCUGCUGACCUUUCCCACAUCGCGCAGAUUUGGAACGUUAAUUGGUGAAGAUGGCACAUUCAUCGUGCAAGUUACACAGGAUACACAGGGGUGGCAAUCAGGCGUACAUGAAUGUGUUUUGUUUUUUCUCAAAGCAAAUAUAUAAGAGGCGAAUAAAAUGUUUUCUUUUUUUUCACUAACGUGAGCUCUAACAACA